CAGGAAGGAUACAUUCGGGUUGCGAAUUGGCACCAUGGAAAGUUCCAUUUCGUUAGGAAAUUGGGUAGUGGACAGAACCUGUAUAUCAGCUGCCUCGAGAUCCUGAUGACCCUACUCCUGUCGGUACUGGCGGUGAAAUAGAGAUCUGGUCAUGCACUCCCGGAAUUGAGAAGUACGCUUUUCCCAUCUCAGUCAAUCGCGUUGAGUCAACGUAUUAGCUCGUAGUUAUACUUUCCACGGCCUUUGUUAUUCUUAACUCCAUUCCGUGGCCUCAUGCAGGGACGAUGAGUAUGAUUGAUUGAGUUCCUUAUAAAUUUGAGCUUCCUCCUACUCGAACUUUUCUAUUCACCACCUUUGACACACACUUCCGAUUCAGAAAAUUUCUAAUUACCACCUUUGUCACACUACCAUCUUCAAACAUGGCUUACACAUUGCCUAGCUCCAUCAAGCCAUUUACACUUGAAAUCUUGGAUGAGGACUUUGCCAGGUUUAGACAGCUCCUGGAAUUGUCCCGUAUUGGUCCUCUUAUCUAUGAAACAACUGAACAAAACGGCCCCAAGUUUGGAAUUACGCUUGAGUGGAUUACCAAAACGAAAGAUUAUUGGCUCCAUGAGUACGACUGGCACGCUCAAGAGAAGUACAUUAAUUCGUUUCCCAAUUACACCAUCGAGAUAGAGUGUCUUAACGUUCAUUUUGUAGCCUUAUUUUCGGAAAGGGAGGAUGCUGUGCCAAUUACUUUGCUUCAUGGCUGGCCUGGCAGCUUCAUUGAAUUCCUCCCCAUGGCAACUCUAUUGAGAGAGAAAUAUUCACCAAAAGACCUGCCAUAUCAUGUUAUCAUCCCAUCGGUUCCAGGAUACACCCUCAGCGAUGGGAGUCCUCUUGAUAAGGAAUGGCGCGUGUCAGAUUCAGCUCGAGUCUUGCACAAGUUAAUGAUAGAGCUGGGUUUUGAGAAGUACAUUGCGCAUGGUGGAGACGUGGGCAGUUUUCUUGCGACAACAAUGGCAGUUAAUUAUAAGCAAUGUGUCGCUUUGCAUUUAAACUUCUUCCCCUCCUUUACCAUUCCUGAAGAAGGUUCUAAUGGAAAGGAGUUGUCUAGCUUUGAGAAGAAAGUUAUAGAGAGGGCUAAAGUUUGGGCGGAAGAAGGCAACGGUUAUGCCAUCGAACACGGUACUCGUCCAGCGACGAUCGGACUUGCCAUUAAUUCAAAUCCACUCUCCCUUUUGGCAUGGAUCGGUGAGAAAUUUAUAGAGUGGUCUGACCAGACUCCUUCUCUUGAUGAGAUCUUGACCAAUGUCUCACUGUACUGGUUCACGAAUAGUUUCCCGCGUUCUAUCUACCCCUAUCCGCCAAUAUUUAACAAAUCUGUCGAACCUGUGCCAGAAUUUCCUUACAUUGUCAAGCGUCUCGGAUUCUCUUGGUUCACUGUUGAAAUAAACCCGGGGUUUGAAAGUGCGAUUGCAAAGCGAGGGAAUUUGGUAUUUCAUAGAACACAUAAUAAGGGUGGCCAUUUCGCAGCAAUAGAAAGACCCAUCGAAAUGUUGCAGGACAUUGAAGAUUUUACACAUGUCGUGUGGCAGGUAUAAUACUGCAAUCUUCAACUUAGUAUUGCGAAAAUGGUUACUGGCUGUAGGUCAUGGGAUAUAUUGAUAGCAAUUGAAUUGUAUCAAGCAUUAGAUGACAGCUUCAAACUCCCAAUAUGCUUCAUUUGAAGUGAGGAGUGCUUACAUGUGUCGAGAUCUGGGCAAGGUGUGAUAUGCUGCAAUCGGGGAAGCUUUGUAGUUGUCAGUUACUUGUUGUUCAUGAAGUCUACGACUGUGUAGUAAGAGACAAGAUGAGAGACACUGCUAAUAGCGAUGCCAAUGACGUUCUUCACAGAGCUUUCCUUUGGAAGCGACAAGAGCCUACGAGAGACAUUAUCAAAGAAUUUUCGGCGGCCUUGCCGAGGAGGCUUCUGGAAUCAAACAUUGAUGCCACCAUAGUAAGGCGGAAUAAUAUCAGUGAUAGUCAUUGGGAUAUUAUAUAGAAGUAUGAUUCUAGACUCUCAGUAUCUGUCAAAUCAAUCUGCUGAUAAUCAUUGCUUGAGAAUCUCCGAGUGGAUGAGAGUUGAUAACAAAUCUGAAGAUUGACACCUUAGUAACUACCUAGGUAAACGUCGAAUGACUCUGCUUACAAGUGGGAUCAUUGAAAAAUCAUUACCCUAUCCGAAAUCAUUACAAGGAAUGCGGGGAACAAUAUGAAGAAGAUGUAGCUGGGUUUGGACAGAGAAUCUCCGAUCUCCGAAAG